UCUGCGAGCGCCCCGCGCUGGCCUGUCCGGCCCCGCCCCCGCCCCGGGCCAUGGCCCAGCCCUUGUCCCGGCCCCUUGUCCUAUCCUCAUCCAGGCCUUGGCCCCCGACCCCGCCCUCGCCCCGCUUUCCACAUCAGGUCCAGCUCCGGCCUGGGUCCCAGCGAAUGCCCAGAUUCGGGUCCCAACUCAGGUUCCCCUUCCAGUCCCAAUCCCAGUCCCUGGCCUGGCACCCAUCCCAGCCCCUGCCCCUGUUUCACCUCUUUUCCCAAAUCCCAGCCCAGCCCCUGUCCCAACCCCAUUCACAAUAUUUGCUUAAGCCUGGGGCCCAACCCUUGCCUUUGCUCCAGUCCCAACCACAGCCCCUCCUUCCAUCACAUCCCCUGCCCUUGUACAAGCCCCAGUGUCCAGCCCAGCCCAACUCUGUAUCCCAGCCUUUGCCCUCAUCUCUGUGUUUACCCAAGUCUCUCCCACUGCCCACCCCUCUCUCUCAUACCCUGCCCCUCUCCCAGCCUCGACUCAGGUCUGGGCUCCAGCUGCCACCAGCCUUAUUGCUGCUGUUGCUGUUGUCUGUCCUUGGCCCAGGGGCUGGAGGCCUCUUCCUGACUGACUACUCCACCUGCUCACCCCGCAAGCUGAGUCCUUUCCGCUCCUUUGCCAGCACCGAGCUCUUCCACUUCCAUGUUCCUGAAGACACAUUCCUGGCCGUUUGGAACCUCAUCAUCUUCAAAGAGCAGGGGGGAACCUUUGGGGACCACUGCCCAGACCAAAGUGUGACUGUGUAUUUCCGGUCCGGGGCACCCCCUGUCAUCAAUCCCUUGCACACACACUUCCCAGGGGACACAGCUGUGCCUGGGGUUUUCUCACUGACUCUCAGCUGGACACUGCCCAACCGCACCUCCGGCAUCUUUAACAUCAGCAGCCCCUUACCUGGGGACUGGUUCUUGGCUGCCCACCUUCCCCAGGCCCACGGUCACAUCUCUGUCAAGGGUCUACAGGAUGAGUGUCAGUACCUCCUUCAGCCGCAGCUGAUUGUCCGGCGUUUGCUGGACGUUGCUGUGUUGGUGCCUGGGCGACCCUCAGAACAAACCCUCUCCCCCCACAAUCGCUCAGCCCUGUACAAGGUCUUUGUGCCCAGCUUCACUUACAGGGUUUCAGCACAGCUGGUGUGUGUGGGGGGCCGAGGGGCAUCUGCCUGCCCCCUGACACUGCGCCUACGUCCCAAGGCCCCACCCCUGCACAACUCAAGCUCUGUGGCCUGUGGAGGUACAUCAGUAUGCCAGCUGGAGCUGGCACUACCCCCCUGGGGGCACUGGGUCUACGUGCGUGUGGAGACACCAUCGCGGGGCCCUGGCAGGACCAUCCGCUUCCAGCUGUGUGUGCGGUUGCAAGAGUGCCCGCAGCCCAGCCUGUCCCGUGCCCUGGUCCCUGGAGCUGCCAUGAACAUGCCCCAGUCACUGGGCAGCCAGUCACUGCCCCCAGAGCCGCCAUCCCUCGGAGCCCCUGCUGAGGGGCCUGGGGCCACAACCCCUCCCGAGCACUGCUGGCCGGUGCGCCCGACGCUGCGCAAUGAACUGGACACCUUCUCCGUCCACUUCUACAUCUUCUUUGGCCCCAGCGUGGCCCUCCCCCCUGAGCGUCCAGCUGUGUUUGCCCUGAGGCUGCUGCCAGUGCUGGACAGCGGAGGUGUCCUCAGCCUGGAGCUCCAGCUCAAUGCGAGCUCCCUGCACCAGGAAAAUGUGACAGUGUUCGGAUGCCUGACUCAUGAGGUGCCCUUGAGCCAGGGGGAUGCAGCCGUGACCUGUUCCAAAGAGUCCCUGGCCGGUUUCCUCCUCACGGUCAGUGCCACCUCCAGAGUGGCCAGGCUGCGAAUCCCGUUCCCGCAGACGGGGACCUGGUUCCUGACCCUGCGCUCCCUGUGCGGGGUGGGGCCUCGGUUUGUGCGGUGCCGGAACGCGACGGCCGAGGUGCGGCUGCGCACCUUUCUGUCCCCGUGCGUGGACGACUGCGGGCCCUACGGCCAGUGCAAGCUGCUGCGCACGCACAACUACCUGUACGCCGCCUGCGAGUGCAAGGCCGGGUGGCGGGGCUGGGGCUGCACCGACAGUGCGGAUGCGCUCACCUAUGGAUUCCAGCUGCUGUCCACACUACUGCUGUGCCUGAGCAACCUCAUGUUUUUGCCACCCGUGGUCCUGGCCAUUCGGAGCCGAUACGUGCUAGAAGCCGCUGUCUACACCUUCACCAUGUUCUUCUCCACGUUCUACCAUGCCUGUGACCAGCCAGGCAUUGUGGUUUUCUGCAUCAUGGACUACGAUGUGCUGCAGUUCUGUGAUUUCCUGGGCUCCUUAAUGUCCGUGUGGGUCACUGUCAUUGCCAUGGCUCGUUUACAGCCUGUGGUCAAGCAGGGACUCAGAGAGCCUGGCUUCACCAUCUGGGACAUCACAAGCUGUUAUGGCUGGAGAAGAACACACUAGAGCUUCUCCAACAGCAGUUAAUUGCUCCAACCCAGAAGUGACAUGUGACCCAUCUGCCCACAACCCACUGGCCUGCGUAGCCCUACCACAUGCCCAGAAAGAGGAGAACCAGAAAUACUGCUGUGCACUUGGGUAUGAUGGCAUUUCACAGUACACUCAGAAAACCACUCUAGCAUCUAUCUGCCCGUGUCUCACCCUUUGUCGUGCCCCAGAAAAUCUAGUUCACAGAGUGAUAGGAAAUUGAGUGUCUCUGAGAAUCACUGUCUAAUCCCCUCCCCUGUUUUACACCUCCUGAGAGGCAGGGGAUGGGAUGGAAGGAGCCCUGGACCAGGAGUGAAGGGUCUAGGUUGGAGUCUUGCCUUUGUUCCGAUUCUGCUGUAUGGUCAGGUUUCUCCUUGUGUGAAAUGGAACCAUUCAAUUAGGUGGUCUCUCGUAUUCUGCACAACCACCAAAACAUUCCCUCACAUCUUUCCAGCAACUUCCAAUCCUGAGGUCAGAUAGACCCAGGGUCACUUUGCAAGGGAAAUAUCAUAUCAGUUUCAUUGGCUGGUAAAUCUAGUUUGAACCACUGAAUACUUAUUUUAGAUGUCACAAAUUGUUUUAAAAGAAAAGUAAGGGGACAAAAAGAAGAAGGCUCCUGUUAAAAUUUCCCCGGAAUGCCUGGACCCGGGAUUCCCGCUUCACACACCCCUGCUGUGUUAGCAGAGCAGGUGAGUGUGGGCUCUGGAGUCGGACCAACCAGGGCCCAAGUCCCAGGCCAGCCAUUUGCUAACAGUUUUCUCAGCCUCAGCUUCCUGACCUCUAACGUGGAGAUAAGAAUAGUAUUUCCUCAAGGGCUUCUUUGGAGGAUUCAGAGAAAGCUCUUAGCACAAAGCUGGGCACAUGGUAAGUAUUUACCAGAGGCUCAAGGCUCUGGGAGAGUGGAGCAAGGGAGUGCUGAAUUCAUUAUCAGCAGACUCACUGUGCUGGGAUGGGCCAGGGCCGAGGCCCCGAGGACCAGCCUUCCAGUCCCCUGCCACAUAGAUGUCUCGCCUGCUCCCUGAUCUUGGGGACCUUACAGUCCUUACCCAAUUUAAAGUUCAAACUCUGCAGCUGCACAAGUUUGCAGGUUUGGCAGCUGUGGGCCUUCAGAGACCCCCGGUUCCUUGUGUUGCCCCAAGAGGGCCUUGGUUGGGUGUGCCAGGCACAGGAGAGACGCUGGACUGAGAAUCUGAAGACUGGGUCUCAUUGCAGUCCUGCCCCUGGGACCUGAGGCUCAGGGGUUGUGACCCCCUGCCUUAGGCCUGGGCGCCCUGGUCUGUGAGAUGGGUGUUUCCUCCAGGAGUGCUGUUGGGACCUGCACUCGUGGAAGGUUAAGGAAAGCAGAUUGCUGUACAGGGGGAGACCCAGAGCACUUGUGAGGGACCAUUAAGACAGGGGUUAAGCCAGGUGCGUGUGUUUCUACAGGUUUCCUUUUCCGUUUCCCUUCCCAUGUCCUUCUCUUUCCUUCACAAUAAAAGAAGGACAACUUGACACAGUUUAGGGACUGAAGAACAGCCUUAAACAAAGCAGCAGCAGUUGCAGAUUUUCCCAUUAUACUAUGAUUUGUCUUUUGGAAUUUUUGAUCAAGCACACAAAUCAAAGUAAAAUUUUGGACUGUUGUCACCACUUAUGUUCCAGCUGCUCAGGAAUGGCUCCCUCUUGCCGCCUCUGUUUAAACACAUUAGUGUGUCUAAACAGCAUCACCACACCUCUCACCCCCUCCAACCUGCUUCUGUCAACAUCCCCAUCUCCUGUCAGAGGGUGGAGCACUGUCCACCCAAUUAGCCAGAAACCUGGGCAGCAACCUGUAGUCCCCUCUGUCCCUCAGCCACUUCCACUAUCCCCAGCAUUUCUCAGUUCCACCCUCUCCCCUUGACUGCCCACCUGGUUAAGGCACCAGCUUCCUCACAUCCUGCCCUCAGGCUGGGGCCCCACUCAUCUGUGCUCUACAUCUUCCAUUUCUCAGAACGGUAACAGUAUUUUUUAAGUUCAAAGUCAUGUUCAUUUUAGAAAUAUUGGACAAUUUUGGAAAGAAUAAUUAAGAAAACAUUUAUCUGUAACCCCAUCACCCAGAGGAAACAACUGUUAGUUAAUAAUUUGUCAUCGUUUUCCAAAAGUUUCUGCAUGCAUACUUACUUAUAUAUCCAUAAGAAAAAUACCUUAAAAAUUGGGAUUAUACUGAGUAUAAAGUUAUAUAUUCUGCUUUUUUCUAUUAAUUACAGUGUGAACAUUUCUCAUCAUCAAAUAUUCUUCAAAAAAUAAGAUUUCUAAUGGUUGUAUCACAUUCUAUCAUGGGGUUCCAUCAGGAUUUAUUUAAGCAUUCUUCUAUGGUUGGAUGUUAUGAUUCUGAAAUUUUUUUUGUCACCAUAAAUAAUGUCAUGAUUAAUAUCCGUA